AUGACUUCAUCUUUCCCUUGCCCACUUCUAUCAUCCUCAGCGAUUUCGGUAGAUGAUGCUGACUUACGCAUUGUGUAUUCUUCUGGAUGGACAACCGGAGGGCGAAUAGGGUUUGAAUGUGAAGGAACAACGCACGUAGCGAGUAGGAGCAUGAAUUCCACCGCUAUCUUCACUUUUGAAGGAAUUGGUGUCGAAGUUUUUGGAACAGUAGGAACUGGGGAAUCUCCCACAUCCACCUACCAAGUUGAUGACUUAUCGAACUCUCAAUUUGAAUUUGUAUUUCCAGUACUAAACCUUCAAAACAAUUAUCGUGUCCCGUUCUAUAGGUCGCCUUCACUAGAACCAGGAAAUCACACACUGACUAUCAUGGUCCUACCUGAAGCUACAACUGCUGGCCAGUUUUACCUGGAUUAUAUCAUCUAUAAUCCAAUACCCACAUUUACACUACCCAGUCCAGCAGCAACUAUUAUAGGUAGCACCUAUAGCACAUUAUCCACCUGCACAGCUGGAACCACUCCAUAUCCCUCAUCUGCUGCUGUUCCUGCUAUUGCAGGCGGUGUUGUUGGGAGCAUCGCAGGUGUAGUUGUGGGCAUGAUUUUGACAUUUGCAUUAUUGCGCAAGAUUCGAAUUAGAUUUUGGCGUAAGUUCACUGGUAUCCCAGCAAAAUAUAAACACUGA